CUCACCGCCAUUAUUUGAACUUUCACGAAUUUCACGAAUUUGAAAUUUUCAGAAACAUUAGUCAUUAGUGGUAAUCUGUAAAAACCAAAUAAUUAUUGACUAUUCAAAGCGGUUUAAAGUUGUAAAAAUAUACAUAUACAAUGAGUUGUAAUUUGUAAGUGGUUGUAGCAGUAGGUAGUGGUUGUAAACAUAGUUGUAAAAAAAUGUAAAUUUGUAAAUUGCACUUAAUUAUGUAAUCUACUUUAGAGACUCAAGAGAUGAAUAAAAUAACAGCUGGAGAUCAUCUAUUACUAACUAGAAGGAUACAAAAAGUCCUGUCUCAAAAUAAUGUGACAACUAUUUUAGAAUUUUUAUGUGAAGAUGCAGAAAAAUUGUCAAUUAUAACAAAAUUACCCUUAUCACAAAUAGUGGAAAUCAGAAAUUCUUUUCUCACUGCUUAUUCUGCACCAGUUAAAAGUGGCACAGAUCUGUUUUUGCAAAGUGUGAUAUCAAAAAAAUUUAUGUUAUGUUCAGGUAUACCAAAAUUGGAUUUAAUUUUAUCUGGUGGGUUUCUAAUCGGACAAAUUUCUGAAAUAUGUGGGUUAGCUGGUUCUGGGAAAACACAAAUUUGUAUGCAGAUAGCAAUUAAUUGUGCCAAGAUGCCAGAGAAAACUGUACUUUAUAUUGAUACUAAAGGUGAUUUCUCCGCAACCCAUAUUCAAAAAGGGCUUCAUUUGAAUGGGUUGUCUUAUAAGGAAAUGGCAGAAGUAAUGCUGAAAAUAAAAAUAAUCAACAUUUGGACUUUACAAGACCUAGUCGAUUUUAUGAAAAACUUAAAUACAAAUGAGGCAGCUGUGAACAAUUUAGCUGUAAUAAUUGUGGAUUCUUUACCAGCGUUGAUGUUUCAACAUUUCGGUGAUAACAAUAAGAUUGGUUUAACUUUCCUCAACACUUUUGUAACUUUUUGCCAUACACUUGGAAGGAAACUAAAGGUUGCUGUUAUUUGUGUCAAUAUUGAAACAAGAUGGGUUGAACUGGAUACUACAGAUAUUGAUGAUGAUGAAGUAACAAUAGAUGCUAAGGAGAAUGUCUAUGUGGAAAGAAGGACCCGCUGCUUAGGCAAAUACUGGCAACACAUUCCGGCUAUACUUGUGCAUGUAGAAAAGAAAGUGGAAGCAAAAAAUGGUCAUCACCUUAUACAUGUUAAUGUAAAAAAGUAUAAUAUUUCACCUAUAUCUGUCGAGGAAUGCACAUUAUGUAUUGGUAAUACAGGAGUUACAUGAGGA